CACUGCAUCCUCUGCACCGUCGUUGCGUCUUCAGAGAGCUUCCUCGGGAUCUGCCAGUGCCAGGAAGGGGGAUGGAUACGCUGCUUUGGCUCCCCGUGUGCCUGUGUGGCCAUAAGGUUUGGGCAUCUCCUAAUUGAGGAGAGUUGACAUACUGAUUGCAAGUGAAUCCUCCUCAGUCAGCCUGUUGGAUGUCUCUGAGAACAUAAGAAGUCAUGGCAGAAAACGAUGCAAUGCCAACCUUACCAAAAAAGUGUGGCCCUUACAUUUCAUCUGUAACCAGUCGUGGCAUGAAUUUGGUAAUUCGUGGUAUAGUGCUGUUUUUUAUUGGCGUAUUUCUUGCAUUAGUAUUAAACUUACUUCAGAUCCAGAGAAACGUUACUCUCUUCCCCCCUGAUGUGAUCACAAGCAUCUUCUCCUCAGCUUGGUGGGUUCCACCUUGCUGUGGCACAGCAUCAGCUGUGAUUGGGUUAUUGUACCCAUGCAUGGACAGACAUCUGGGAGAGCCACAUAAAUUUAAGAGAGAAUGGUCCAGUGUGAUGCGAUGUGUAGCAGUCUUUGUGGGAAUAAAUCAUGCCAGCGCUAAAGUGGAUUUUGCCAACAAUAUCCAGUUGUCUCUCACGUUAGCAGCCUUGUCAAUUGGACUGUGGUGGACGUUUGAUAGAUCACGAAGUGGCUUUGGUCUUGGAGUAGGAAUUGCUUUCCUGGCCACGUUGGUGUCACAACUUCUGGUCUACAAUGGAGUUUAUCAAUACACGUCUCCAGAUUUCCUUUAUGUUCGUUCCUGGUUGCCAUGUAUAUUUUUUGCUGGUGGAAUAACCAUGGGCAAUAUUGGCAGGCAGCUGGCAAUGUAUGAAUGCAAAGUCAUUGCAGAGAAGUCUCAUGAGGACUGAGGAGAACAGUGUGCACCUUUUAAACAGGAAAAUAUCUGACAAAUGACUGUUGGAGGAGCAUAAGGAACACUUGACUAUGAAAUUGCCAAAAUGCAAUUUUUUUUCCCUUGAGUGGUAUACAUUACUGCAAUCUGUGAUUGCUGCUUCUAUAGAAACCUUGAUGUCUGAUUUUGAUUACUGUGAAGUUACAAUAGUAUGCAAUACAUUUGACAAUAUUGGUUCAAUUAUAGGAUUCUUUUUUUCCAAAUCUAAACUGAGUUUACCAUAAAUUCUUGUCUGUCCGUAAUGUUGCAGUGCCAAACUGAACAUUUGCACUACGUUUCUGUAGCUGAAACUUCUGCUUCACUUUAUCUUGAAAGUUUGGAGGAAUUUGUUCUUAAUGGCUCAGUGAAAGACAGGGGGUUCAAAUUUAGGAAUAAAAAUCUUCCGUUUCUCUGACGAUAGCCCUUAUUAUCUGUAUGAAAUCCAUGGAUUACGGGUGAACUUUGAUGCAAUAAGUAACUGAUUUCUGCCUGUUAUCACACUGUAUUGUUCUUCUUGCAUCACAUGUGAGGAAACUGAAUAUGGAUUGUAUGGGUUAUUGCUGUAGCAUUUCAUCUGGCUGUAGUACAGAAUGCAGAAAUGGAAACUGAGGCUGGAAAUGGUUUGCUGUUUUUCCCCUGGUACAGCCGGUAUACAUGUUUGCGUAGGAAUUUAUGUGGACAGAUUCUGAAACUACUAGUUGCAUUGAGUAACAGGGUGCAAUUCGGGUCAUUCUUGUACAAUCCUUUAAUCUGACUUGUGUUGAUCUCUUACAAAAAAAAAAAAUCUUAGGGAGUUCUUAUUGCAAAACUUAAUUCUGCUGACCUAAAUCAGCCACUACCAUAUAGUGUCAUAAACCCCUCCAUUUCCAAUGUUACUCUUGACAGUUCUUGUCUUCUAUCUGCUCUGUUUGCAGGGAUCAGCAGCAGGAGGCAAGACUAUCUUUUAGGUACUGAUGUAGCCCUUAUUGCUGGGACUAUGGUCCAGGCAACCAUAAAUGCAUUUGUUCUUCUAGCAGUUUUCUGAGGUAGGGAAAUGCUGUUACCCUUGUUUUACAGGUGCCUGUGCUCAGAACGUCUGAGAGGGCAGAGGGCUGGAGUAGGCUGCGUGCUCAUCAGUUCCUUAAGAAGAAGGAUUUUUAGUGUGUGACCUGUAUUUGCGGGCAUAUGUGGAAUUUCCUCUUGGCUUUGCAGCUCCCUUUUAAGACCAUAAGAUAUUAGAACUUGUGUGAGAGAGCAGACUGCCAGAGGACACUGCUGAGGUGUGCCAGCAGUGAAUUUGAUACAGGAUGUCUUCGCUUUGUUUCCCCCCCUUCUGUCUCGUGUGUUGACGAUGUUUUAAUGUAUUCGUUUUCCUUUUCUUGUCUUGAAGUGCUAUUUUUUUAAAUCUUCCAUGAAAGGUUUGUAAGUCAUGUUACACCUCCCUCACCUAGGGAGGCUGGAGUUGGUCCAAAGAACAAAUAGAUAUUUAGACAAGUUUUUAUUAAUAAAUGUGUGUGUGCAUUGUUCACAAAGCUUGACAUAGGCAACUCUUUUUCAGUCUGAAGAGUAUGCAAUGGAGUGCUUCCAAAAUUGUUUUAAUGAAAGAGGUGGUCACAAAAGGAAAAUAUCUUGAAUGGGGAAGUGUAAAAAUAAUAAAUAAGCAAAUGAUCUGUGAAGAGCUUGGUUCUGCAGCUCUACAAAGUUUAAUCCGCUUAGUUUCAUCGUGGUUCCAUGACAGUUCUGCACCUGAAACACACUUUCGUGGGGAAAUGUUUCAGGAAAGCGCUUAGAGAUGUGCUUUGUUUUAAGCAGAGGUAGAACAUGUUUAAGUAGAUCCCUGAUGAGAGGUUUUCUUUUAAUCCAACUGUACGGCAAUAAGAAGCAUUUCGUUAAUAAAACCAAGAAACUGUUAGGGCAUGAAGUUUCUUUAGGCAGACUCUGGCAUUUCACUGAAGAAGCUGUUGGGUCGCUCUCCGUACAGUAUUUGGCCUCCUCCGCCUUCUGUACUUAAACAAAUGGCUUUGGCUUGGUGGGCAGCAUGAUGCGUCCCUCCUGAGCUAUCAGGGCAUGAAUGGCAUAAAAAAAAAAUCACGUUUCUUAUCCUGACUGUAGGGAAUGGUGUGGUACAGCUGUAGCCAGCGUGCUGAUGUGAUGAACGGUUUACUUUCAUCAUGACCAGUAAGUGUACGCAACUGGAGAUGAGUAGUUGUUGUUAUUCACUUGGUGGUAGAACUGCUUUUUACCUGCUGGUCUAAAUAUUUACACAGACGAAGCCUGGUGUGUGCUCAAACGUGCACUGUGUGAGACGUGGUCAUCGUGCAUCUGUGACACCCACUCUGCAACACUUCGCACUCGGAUUCAUCUAAACCUGACCAGGGUGUGUGCUGGCCACUAACUUCUUUUAAAUUUCAUUUUGGAAAUUUUGAGAGCGUGUUGUGCAAAGGCAGCAAUCAUCCAAAAUAAACUUGGGUGGAGUCCUUUAUUUAGACGUGUUUUAUUAUUUUUAUUCUCAUUUGACUGAAGUACGAGGUUCACAUCUUGGGUGUUGUAUUUUUUCAGACCACGUUGUGAUUUCUAUGGGUGGUGUGCUCGGUCCCUGACAAAGGUUCAUGAUGAGGACGCUGACAUGGCCUUAAUGUAGUGGUGUGAACAUGCUGCUACUCUAUAGCGUGUAAUUAUAAUGUCAGACUGUCUUAAAAAUGCUGUUCAAUGCAGAAUGAACAAGGUAUAUUUUAGAUACAACUUUAUAAGCACUAUAACCUCUUCACUAAUUAAGCAUUGUAAGGUCUAUGCUGUUUAAACUGGCAAAUUGCUGUUAAAAGCAAAAUGUGCAUUAAAUACGAUUACAACCUCA